UCGCGAAAAUCACGAGAUAGUUUUUUCACCAAAUCAAGAAGCGCGAGUUUAACAAAAAGGUGUUAGCUUGUUUUGUCGUAAGAACGUACGAAUUAAUUUUAAAAAAGGGGAGAAAUAUGUUUUCUUGUGUUAUACCAGCGAUUGCAUGAAAUAAAUUUACAGUUAUUAAUGAUAAAAUACCUAGCAAAGGUUCUAGUGGAGAAAUGCUCUGUGAAAUUGGAAAAAAAAAGUUUUUAAUAGUUGAAAGUUCGUGAGCUUUAAAAUACGGGCGUAUUUUGUUUACCCUGAAUUUCAACGCUAGAAGACGGAGGGUAUUUCAUAAUGCGAAACAAACAUUGGUACCACUUGGAGGGAAAUUAUGCCGGCAGACUAAUGUAUUAGUAGAACUUAAGUAGCAGUGACUUUCAAAAAACAUAUACACUUAAGUUUUACUAGGAUCGUAUAAUCAGACUAUAAAUUAGUAGAAUCAUGACGUAUCACUCAUUUUGUCUGUUUUAUAAGAAGCGUAGGUAUGCUUUUGAAAAGGAGAAUAAAUGAUACAAAUACUGUAAAAGUGUAAGAGUAUUGAAACGUUUAAUUACAAUUACUUCCCGGUGUGCACGAACAUCGCUGUUGACGUAGUGAAGCUGUCAAUUUUUUUCUGAAAUCUGUGUAAUUGAUUACUGUUUGCUUUGUUCUGAAGAUGAACGUUUAGAAGUUCAUCUGAAUAAGUGCCAAAUUCUGUUUUAUGGUCAAUAAUUCAUGGGAACAUUAUUUCACUUUUGAGAUUUUUUCUCAGGCAGAUCUAGCAUAAACAUCUGAAAGGAACAAAUUUUUUUGUGAAAAUUAUUUGGAUAAUGCCACACUGAUUUACGUUAAUGAUUGCAAGUUCUGACUUCAAUAUGACAAUUGAUUUCUUUGGAAGAGCAUCUUUAGAGCCACUCAAGGUCUCUCUUACAGAUUUGAAAGCAACUAACCUAAGGAGAAGACUAAUCUACAAGUCAGAAGUGCAGGUGUCUCUUCAUCCAGGAAAUGAUGAAGGGACCUUGUCACUACCACAUCACAAACAGAAGUUUCAUUGUUCAAGAUUUGGCAAUACUGUAAAUCCUUCAUGGUCAGGAAAGUUUGAUAUUAUUGCCUUUCCUGUGGAUAAGUUGAAGUUUGAAGUAAAGACACACAGAUUAUGCAGCAGUAGUCACUGUUUUGUUUCAGUACCUUUAUGUGUUUUACUUAAAGAAUUUCACAAUAAGAGCCCUCCUAUUAAUUUUACUUUUGGCCUGACAAAUGUGGAUCAGCUUACUGACUCAGGAGAACUCAGUUUUUCAAUCACUAUAGAAAACUACUCUGUGAUACAGACUGAACAAAAUUUUGGAGAAAAUUUGGCAUAUUGUGAAAUCCAGUGCCUCUCAUCAUCAUCAUCACCAGUUCCAUCAAGACAACAGCCUAUUGUUGCAUCUAAAAAGUUGCCACAGAAUUUUUCAACAAAUAGACAUCAGUAUAUCUCAGAGUCAGCUCCAUCACAAAGUGCAACCUUUGCUUUAUGUGAAGACCUACAUAAUAGGAAAAAUAAUGAGAAUACAACAGUUAGAAAUCUUCAGCCUCAUUGCAUUCGUGAGGAUGAUGAUAACACUGAUGUUGUAGCAACUUUUUCCACUCCUGUAAAAAAUUAUGUAAUUUAUGAUCAAGAAGAUGUCUCAAGAACGUCAAGUUCUGAAUCAUCUACUACUGUUUCUAAUCAAAAGAGCAUCACUCCCUCCUCAAUAGUGACAAAUUCACACUCUGAAAUGGAUAACCAAAAAAUAAGAACCCUGAACAGUUCUAAUAUUAUUUCAUGUAAGUUUCAAAAAGAGACUACAUUUAAAAAUCAAAAAUUAGAGGAAAGGGGGCUCACUUUAUCUUCUAGGAAGUGUAAUCCAAAAAAUAUGCAACUAGUUGAACCAAAUCUAAACCAAAAAGAUUCUGAAGGUGAACAGGAUCUCGCCAUGGUGUUAGCAUCUCCUUCCAAUGAACUACAGAUAUGCACCACAUUUAAUACUGAAAAUAUGAAUAAGUCUUCACCCAUGUCUCAGGAAUUUAGUGAUACAUUGUAUAGUCCAAACAAAUAUUCUGAAAAUCAAAAAUCACACAUCUUUGAUGAAAAUGAUGCCACUGUUCCUAACUUUUCUCUGUCUAAAGAUUUUGACCUUUCUGUUAAGAAUGCAAAAGUUGCAUACCUUAUGGCUAAUACCUUACCUUCUAACAAAUCUGUUUUUGAAAAUUAUCAACCAAAUAAUUGUGAUAUAGUAGUGAAAACUGGUUUUGACUGCCAUUAUAAUUCCAGUAUUGGUGAUACAGCUCCUAGUCAGCAGCCCUAUAACGUUACUGAUGAUAUGUCCAAGGAGAUACAUGAAGGAAAAAAGUCUUCCCAAACCACUGAGGGUGUAUCCAAGGUAGAUCAUGAAUACCAACAUCCCUCUAACUUUACUGGUGGAGUGUCUAGGAUGGAACACAAAAAUCAACACCUUUCUAGUUUCACUAAUGGAGUGUUUGGAAUAGAACAUGAAAACCAACAACUCUGUACUUAUACUGAUGGAGCAUCUGAGAUGGACCAUGCAUAUGAACAUCCUUCUAGCUUAACUAGUGAAGUUUACAAAGUGGAACAUGAAUAUCACCAUUCCUCUGUAUUCAGUGGUGAAGUUUCCAAGGUGGAACAUGACUACCAACAUCUCUCUAACUUCAGUAAUGAAAUUUCUAAGAAAGAACAAGAAUACCAGCAUCUGUAUGGCUCCACUGAUGAAAUGUUAAAGGGGAUCAGUAAAAAAAAGAGGACCCACAAAAUCACUGAUGAAGUGUCCAAGGUGUUGAACAAAGAAAGGAAGCCUUCUGUACUUGCUGAUGGAGUGCCUAAGAAAGUAUAUGAUUAUCAGCAUCCCUCUGACCUCAUUGAUGAAAUGACCAAUGAACACCAGCAUACCUUUUGUGUUACUGAUCCCAAAACUGAUGUUGUGCAUAGAUUUAACCAUCCACCUAGAAUAAUUUAUGAAGCACCAGAGGUGAUAAAUAAAUGCUUGUAUCUCUCAAGCUCAACUAAAGAAGCAUCCAAGGUAAAACACAUAUCCAGUUAUCCCUCUCCUAUUAUUAAUACAAAACACACUGAGGUGGAAGAAGAAAACCAGCAUCUCACUAACUUCACUGAAUAUCAACAUCUCUCAGGUAUUGUUGAUACAGCAACAGGUGUGGAGCUUGAAUCUAGUCACCCAUCUAGCAUUAUUGACAAAGGAUCCACAUUGCUCUAUGAAGACAAGAAGCCCUGUAAUGUCUUUGUUGGAGAACCUAAGGUUGUACAUGCAAAGAAGCCUUCAAGUACCAUAGCUCAGACAUUCAUGCUGCCCAAGGAUCAUCAAAAGCCAUCAUGUGUUUCUGAUUCAACAACCAGUGUGGUACAAGGAUAUCAACAUCCUCUUAGCUUCACCAGUGGUAUGUCCAUGAUGAAAAAUGAAUGUAAUAAUCUUUCAAACACCACUGGUACGACAUUUAGUAUGGGAAUAGAAUAUCAACAGACCUCUAACAUUAUAUUGAAAAAGAAUGAGGAUGUGUCAACUACACCUUUUUGUUCUUUUAACUACUUAGGCAACACAAUGCCCAGUUUAGUAGAUACUGAUAUCAAUUCUUGCGAGUGUCUUGAUACAUCAGUAAAUUUGGAAGGAAAAGAUUAUGGUAGUGAUGUAAAACUUAACUCUCUGAAGAACUGUGAAUACUCUUCAACUAGUGUAGGUGCACCAUCUGCUUCUAUAUGUGAUUCAUUGGAUCUACGUAUAGCAAACAAAAGUACUUGUGGUUUAAUUGAAAGAAACCAUUUUCCUAAAAGCAUUGUAGAAAUACCAACCAUUUAUCAGCAGAAAAAUGUUAGUGACUUUAAUCUGACCACAGUUCAGCAUAAUACUGGCCUGCCUCAUAACAUUACAGAUUCAAAAAAAAGUACAACUUUAAAGGAGUUACAAAAUGGUAAUAACCUUUUGAAAGGCAUUAGUAAAGACAUUGAAUCUGUAAAAGAUUGUAGUGGUCUUUUUACAAACAUUGGUACAAACGCAUCUAAAGCUACUGAAAAUUAUGUUUAUCCAAUAACUGACCUUAGUACUGCUGGCAAUACUAAAUUGGAUGAUGAACACAUUCAUGUGUUAACAGAACAUGCCAAAAGAAAAGACACUAAAAUUUCAACUUACAAUACAAUUCCUAGGGUAUCAAAACCACCAAUAUCCUUUCAACUUGUGUCAGAAGAUGAAUCAAGUAACAUAAUCACCAGUGAAGAAGUAUUACGGUAUCUCAAAAAAACUUCCUGCAGCAACUUUAGUAAUAAUUCUCAAACACUUAGAAAUUUUCCAAGGUCCAUUUCCAAUUUUUCUUCUUCAGCAGAGGAAAAUCUUCAGCAUCCAGUAGUCAUGACUAAUGAAAACUUAAAGCACAAUUCACUGGAGAAAUUACCUCCUUAUUGGGAAAAGAAAGUAGACAACCAUGGGAGGAUUUUCUAUGUUGACCACUUCAACUGUAAAACAACUUGGUUUCCACCAUCAAGUUCUGCUUCAACUGUGGACAUAACUGAAAAAAUAGAACGACAGCAACUAGAUGUUAGAUACAGAAGCUUUAGUAAAUACUUGAGGCAUCAACAAUGUAACCAAAGCGCCUUUCUUCGUGAAACUUCUAGAUCACUAAGUAAGCCUGUAAUGCCUAAAUUACUUCAAUCUCCUGCCCUGAAAUUUAUUUUGCAAACAGACUUUACUGAAGCUCUACAAAUGUUUGAUACUGGAGCUUCUGGAUCCAACAACAGCAUUUCUCUGAGCCAAAAGAUUUCACAAAUAAAACAAGAUCCUAGAAAGUUUGAAAAAUUUCAUUUCGAUUUUGAAUUGGUGAAUUUCAUUAAUACAUUUGUAGACACUGAACUUGAUCUACCAGAUGAAUGGAUUUCAAAUUAUGAUCGAUUUGGGAAGCAAUACUUCUUCAAUAAGACAACUAAAAUAAUAACUAUCAUUGACCCACGGAUUGUCCUGAAAACUUCAGAUAGCAGCUCAUUGAGCAGUGAAAGCUACAACCCACCAUGUUCACCUAGUAGUAGUCAAGUUUCCUGUUUGCCUGAUUAUAACAGUAACCAAAGAGUUGAUCCAUCCAUCUCAAUAAACCAAAAUACUGAUCUUCUCAUCUCUGAUACUAACUGUUCUUCCAAUCCAUCUAUUCUGACAAGAAGAAAAGAGGUUACCAGUCACAGCAUCUUUAAUAGAAACCAUUCUUCCAGUGCCCCCAUGUCUCCAGCUUGGAGUCAAGAUACCAACCAGUGUAUGUCUGACAAUACCCAAAACAUUGAUUCUUUUAAUUCACUUCAGAAAACCAAAGAUACCACCCAGUUACAGUAUUCUGAUUUGAACCAAACUAUCAGAUUGGAGGACUGUUGUAGUAAUUCUUUAGAAAAUGAUGGCAUGUUGGUAAGGAAUAACAGGGGUUCUAGAACAAAUCUUGAGUCAUCAUUGACAUCAAAUAAGUCAACACAAGGAUAUCCUGUCAUUCCACCAUUCCCUGCAACAGCAGAGCCACUAAAUGAACCUUUUGUCACCUCAACAGACAAUCUUUCCUAUAAUGAAAAAGUUGCAAGUUUCUUUUCACAACCCAAUAUCUUAGAAAUUUUGAUGGAGCGUCAUCCACUUCUUAAAGAAGAUUCUGACAUGAAAGCAAAGGUUGAAAGGAUACAUCAUGAGGGCAUAGUUGCCUUGGAUGAAUUGGUUGAUGACAUAGACAUUGCAAUUUUAAUUAGUCUUUUUGAAUAUGAAAUUAUAUUCUACGACCUGGACACUUCAGUACAAACUCUAAGUGAAACACAGCUAUCUGAUGGACCAGAACUUAUAGAAGUCCAGGAGCUGACUAGUCAACUAGUUCAAAGGACUAAGAGGACACCAACAGUUCUUCAGAAACAGGGUUUUGCAGACAAGUUGCAUAGGUUUUACCACAAGCUUCAUCUGAAAGGCUUUGGGCAAGGUUCUGCUGAGCUGAAAUUGGCAAUACAUCGAGAAUAUUUCCUUGGAGAAACUAUCUCUAUUAUAUUAAGUGCAUCAAAAAAAGAACUUCAAAAAAACAGACUGAAUGUUAAUUUCAUAGGUGAAGAAGGGCUUGAUUAUGGAGGACCAUCACGAGAGCUUUUUUACCUUCUUUCCUCUGAGGUAUUUAAUCCCUAUUGUGGACUCUUUGAAUAUGCAGCCAAUGACUGUUACACUGUUCAGAUCAGUCCUAUGUCUGCAUUUGUCGACAAUCAUAUUAAGUUGUUCAGAUUCUGUGGCCGUAUUCUGGGGCUGGCUCUUAUACAUCAGUAUCUGCUUAAUGCUUAUUUCACUCGUCCAUUUUACAAGGCACUGCUUAAGAUACCCUGUUCAAUUGAUGACCUACAGUACAUUGACACAGAAUUCUACCAGUCAAUGAUGUGGAUGAAGGAUAACAACAUCUCUGAGGCCUCUCUUGACCUAACCUUUUCUGUGACUGAAGAAGUUGCUGGAAAGGUUGAAGAACGAGAGUUAAAACCAGGUGGCAGUGGAAUAGUUGUGACUGAGAAAAACAAAAAAGACUACAUAAAACGGAUGGUCAGAUGGCGUUUGCAACGAGGAGUAUCUAAACAAACAGAAGCCCUUGUUGGAGGUUUCCAUGAGAUUUUAGAACCACGUUUUUUGAAGAUGUUUGAUGCACAAGACUUGGAACUUGUGAUUUCUGGCACAAUUGAUGUUGAUAUUGAAGACUGGAAAGCUAACACUGAAUAUCGCUGUGGUUAUGAGAAGGAUCAUCAAGUGGUCCUUUGGUUUUGGGAAGCCAUUGAAAACUUUGACAACCAACAACGUCUACGGGUUCUCCAAUUUGUCACUGGAACUUCAAGACUCCCUUAUGAGGGUUUUGUUGCUUUGAGAGGUAGCAAUGGACCUAAAAAGUUCUGUGUCCAAAAAUGGGGUCAACCAACUGACUUACCAAGGGCACACACGUGUUUCAACCGGCUUGGCCUUCCACCGUAUUUAUCUUUUGAGAUUCUUCAAGAGAAGCUGCUUUUUGCUGUUGAGGAGUGUAGGGUGUUUGGCUUUGAAUAAACUAGAAGAAACUAACGUUCUUGAUUUAAGUCUUUUAGUGCUCUUCUGAGAGUGCUUAUACAUAUGUUUAAAUAAAACAAAACAACAUAAAUAAAGUAAAUUCAGAGAUAGAGUCCCUUCACCUUUCAAACAAAAAAUGAAGUUCAUUUACAACAUUUUGGCCAGAGGCCUAAAUCAGGCAAAUAAAAUAAUAAGAAUCUGUUGACAGGUGAAAGGCACUUUACAUGUGAUUUUAAACGUUUUUUUUCUUUUAUUGAAACAAAAAUGAACAUUCCAUUUUUAAUUAAGACAAUUUACAAUACUGAUUUAUUCUGUACAUAAGAAUUAAAAAAAAAAAUAGAAUGAAGCUAACAUUCUAUUUUCAAAUGAGGAAAGGAUUUAGAUUUUUGAUGCAAUGUGUUUUUUAACAGUUAGCUAUGAAUGUUUAUUUGGAUUUGAUUACAUCUUGAGGAUCGGGUGAUAUAGUUUAUCAUAUUAUAAAGUUUUGUUAUCACUUAUUGUUUAUCAUAGUCCAUAAAAGUUGUACUGUAACCUUGUAAUUUAAUUUGCACAUUUUACGUUUCUUCAUCUUUGUGGAUUUCUAUCUAAAGAUAAUUCACAGUAAUUUACGUGUGUGAUAUUUAUGGGAUACUUUCUGUCCCUUUGGCAACAAUAUUUCUUAUUUUAAUUUUAUACUAUUAAUCGAUGACAAUCAUACUGGUAUAAGAAAUUCCACAAAUAAAAGUGCCUUAAUUGUUUAUGAAUAUCCUGUGUAUUGUUAAUUUGUUAUAAGUAUGAAACAGUGUUGUCUAGUCAAUAUAAAAUUAAGUAACAAUUUCAUUAAAUUUAACAUUGUUACAUUUUAAACAUCCUUCAAAGUUGACUGUUGAUUUUAAAAAAAAUUUAAAUUUCAAGCCAACUAAACCUGAAUUUGUAUCUUUUAAAAAAAGUUUAUUAUUAAGAAAAAUAAAGUAAUAAAGAUUUGAAGUAGGUCACAAGUUUUGAUAUGUUUAAGAUACUGUACGAUUGUUCUAAUUUGUUUCUAGCCAUUUAUUGUCUAGAAAGUUUGACCUUAUAAGUGUGUAUAAAGUGGUAUAUUCUAAUAUUCAGUUUGAAAAUAAAUUUAUGUUUUGAUCUCUCAGA